ACACAUUGGAGUGGUCUAGAUAUUGGUGUGAUAUUCGUCACGGAAAUGUUUUACAGAUACAGUUUAAUUUACAUUUUGGUUUCAUCAGUUGCCUAUUGCCACGGAUUUGACUUUAGAAAUGUUCUGAAAACCGCACGUGAACAGGCGAUUAUAGCAAUUGGUGGUUCUUUUGUAGAAUGUUUUAUCCGUCAAUAUUGUGAUUGUGAACUAUCGGAAGAAGAAUCAAAGUGUUUUGACUAUUGGCAUAAAGAUACAUACCAAUCUCAUAGAGAAAAGUGGAAUGCGGAGUGUGACUUAAAAGAUGGAUACGCUUUCCCGGAAUGGAAAAAUGGCUCUUUGUCUUUUGAUAUAUUGAAACCCUUUGUCUGCAACAACAGAGACGAGACGAAGAAUUGCCUUUUGAAAACAAUCAAUCACAUUCUUGAUUAUAGUAACAAGCUUGAAAGAGAAAAAUUUUUUCCCAGCCGUAAAGAUGAGUUUGCUGCUUGGGAAAAAUAUCGGACUUGUCAAGCGGGACUCACGUCUACUUGCAUGGCGUUUCCUAAUUACUGCAAGAGUGAUUUGAUUUGAUGAAUGGAGAGCAAGAUGAAAAGUUUAUUUCUUUACAGAACAAAUAGAAAAAAAGAUCGAUAAAAAGAAUAAAUAAUGUAAUUAGUUAAUUGAUCAAAAAAUUGCUGAACUGGAAAUGAAAGGCCUGAAGUAAUAAAUAAUUU